ACCUUCCGCUCGUCUACGGCCGCGGAACCAAUACGAAGCUGCUCCUGCACAAGAGACGAGACGAAACGAAACCAAACGGCGGGUGGGAGCCGAGGUCGGUCGGUGGUCCACGCCCACGGCGAGCCCGACCCGAAGCUUCCAGAGCCGUCCGUGAGCCAUGGGAGACGCCGCCCCGCCGCCGCCAGCCUCGGGCCCGCCCUCGUUCUCCUACCUGGCCGUGUUCUCCAACUGCCCGCUCGUCGCCGCGGUCCUCGCCUUCGCCAUCGCCCAGUCCAUCAAGGUCUUCACCACCUGGUACAAGGAGAACCGGUGGGACGCGAAGCAGCUGGUGGGGUCGGGCGGGAUGCCGUCGUCGCACUCGGCCACCGUCACCGCGCUCGCCGUCGCCGUCGGACUGCAGGAGGGCUUCAGCAGUUCGCUCUUCGCCACUGCCGCCGUCUUUGCCUCCGUGGUGAUGUAUGAUGCUUUUGGUGUCAGGCUACAUGCAGGGAAACAAGCAGAGGUCUUGAAUCAAAUUGUGUAUGAACUUCCAUCAGAGCAUCCACUGGCUGAAACAAGACCGCUACGGGAGCUCCUAGGGCACACACCACCUCAGGUUGUUGCUGGCGGGGUGCUUGGAUUUGCAGUAGCCACAUUUACAGCGAUGAUAUCUGGCCUUGGCAGUUGAUUCUCCUGACUGGUGGAUCCACAUUUGCAUUGAAGUUUUCGAAUCCAAAUUGGAUAUACGAUUUCGGACAGCUUUGUUUAGAUAAUGCAUUGUGUAUAGGUGUAUUUAAUAUGCUGCAAACCACUCUGUCAAUUUCUUGAGAGAGAAAAACUUGCGCCAUUCCUUUGUAGCUAACUGACGGAUCAACUAUUUGUUGUAUUCUUUUUUCGUCCA